GCGGCGCCCAAUAGAGACGGCGGGGAUGCUGUGAGUGGCGUUGGCAACGGCCAAUGGGAGUAGGCGUUGAGCGGCGGCAGCGGCGGCAGCGGCGCAGGGAGACCGGAGCGGGCAGCGGGGCCGGGCCGGGCCGGAGCGAGGGACCGCCGCGAUGCCGGCCGUGUCCAAGGGCGAUGGGAUGCGGGGGCUGGCGGUCUUCAUCUCCGACAUCCGCAACUGUAAGAGCAAAGAAGCCGAGAUCAAGCGCAUCAACAAGGAACUGGCCAACAUCCGCUCCAAAUUCAAGGGAGAUAAAGCUCUGGAUGGAUACAGCAAGAAAAAAUACGUCUGCAAACUUCUCUUCAUCUUCCUGCUGGGCCACGACAUCGAUUUCGGGCACAUGGAAGCCGUCAACCUGCUGAGCUCCAACAAAUACACCGAGAAACAGAUCGGGUACCUGUUUAUCUCGGUGCUGGUGAACUCCAACAGCGAAUUAAUCCGGUUAAUUAAUAACGGGAUCAAGAAUGACCUGGCCAGCAGGAACCCCACGUUCAUGUGCCUGGCGCUGCACUGCAUCGCCAACGUCGGCAGCAGGGAGAUGGCCGAGGCCUUCGCCGCCGAGGUGCCCCGCGUCCUGGUGGCGGGGGACACGAUGGACAGCGUGAAGCAGAGCGCGGCGCUCUGCCUGCUGCGCCUGCACAAGGCCUGUCCCGACCUGGUGCCCGUCGGCGAGUGGACGGCGCGGGUGGUGCAUCUGCUCAACGACCAGCACAUGGGGGUGGUGACAGCGGCCGUCAGCCUCAUCACCUGCCUCUGCAAGAAAAACCCCGACGACUUCAAAACCUGCGUGUCCCUCGCCGUGUCCCGCCUCAGCCGGAUCGUGUCAUCGGCGUCCACGGACCUGCAGGAUUACACGUACUACUUCGUGCCCGCGCCGUGGCUCUCCGUCAAGCUGCUGCGCCUGCUCCAGUGCUACCCCCCCCCCGGGUAGGGACCCCCCCGGGAGGAGGCGGCGGUGAAGGGGCGGCUGGUGGAGUGCCUGGAGACGGUGCUGAACAAGGCGCAGGAGCCCCCCAAGUCCAAGAAGGUUCAGCACUCCAACGCCAAGAACGCCAUCCUCUUCGAGGCCAUCGCCCUCAUCAUCCACUACGACAGCGAGCCCAACCUGUUGGUCCGGGCCUGUAACCAGCUGGGCCAGUUCCUGCAGCACCGGGAGACCAACCUGCGGUACCUAGCGCUGGAGUCCAUGUGCGCCCUGGCCAGCUCCGAGUUCUCCCACGAGGCCGUCAAGACCCACAUCGACACCGUCAUCGGCGCGCUCAAGACGGAGCGGGACGUGAGCGUGCGGCAGCGUGCGGCCGAUCUCCUCUACGCCAUGUGCGACCGCAGCACCGCCCAGCAGAUCGUGGCCGAGAUGCUCAGCUACCUGGAGACGGCCGACUACGCCAUCCGCGAGGAAAUCGUGCUGAAGGUGGCCAUCCUGGCGGAGAAGUACGCCGUGGAUUACAGCUGGUACGUCGACACCAUCCUCAACCUGAUCCGCAUCGCGGGCGAUUACGUCAGCGAGGAGGUGUGGUACCGCGUCAUCCAGAUCGUCAUCAACCGCGACGACGUCCAAGGUUACGCCGCCAAGACCGUUUUCGAGGCCCUGCAGGCGCCGGCGUGUCACGAGAACAUGGUGAAAGUGGGGGGCUACAUCCUGGGGGAGUUCGGGAACCUCAUCGCGGGGGACCCCCGCUCUAGCCCGCUGGUGCAGUUCGGGCUGCUGCACUCCAAGUUCCACCUGUGCAGCGUGGCCACCCGGGCGCUGCUCCUCUCCACCUACAUCAAGUUCAUCAACCUCUUCCCCGAGACCAAGGGCACCAUCCAGGAGGUGCUGAGGGCCGGCAGCCAACUGCGCAACGCCGACGUGGAGCUGCAGCAGCGCGCCGUCGAGUACCUCAAGCUCAGCUCCAUCGCCAGCACCGACGUCCUGGCGACGGUGCUGGAGGAGAUGCCGCCGUUCCCCGAGCGCGAGUCGUCCAUCCUGGCCAAGCUGAAGAAGAAGAGGGGCCCCGGGCCCGGCCCCGAGGGGGACGAAGGUCGCCGGGAUGGGGGGGCCGAGCUCAACGGGGGGGGCGAACCCCCCCCCAGCACCGCCUCGACGCCAUCGCCCUCCGCCGACCUUUUGGGGUUCCGGGGGGGCGCCCCUGCCCCCCCCCCCGCCGGCAGCAGCCUCUUGGUGGACGUGGAGACCCCCCCAAACCCCCCCCCGCCGGGGGGGGCCCCCCCCGAUGACGCCUUCCUGGGGUGGCAGGCCAGGUAG